CCCCGCACCGCAGAUAUGAAGCCGCCGCCGCCCGCCGCUGCGGCGGCCCCGCCACCACCACCACCCAUCGUGCUCGAAUUUUACCCCCCUCCCCUGCAGAAAAUUCCAGUAUUUAAGCCCCGCGGAACACUCGUCGAGGUUAUAAUUUUCUUGAGAGGAGGAGGAGGAGGAGGAGGAGGAGAGGACCACCACCCGACUCCCGACCGGACGGGACGCGGACGGGACCCGCGAAGAGAGAGAGAGAGAGAGAGGGAGAGGGACAGAGGCGGAGGAUCCGGAAUCUCGCCGGAGACCGGCGUGGUGAUGCCGGUGGGGGAGGUGGCGGCGCGGCCAGGAGGAGGAGGAGGGAUGGUUCUGGGCGGCGGCAUGGCGGCGGCCGCCGUGGGAGGCGACGACGCCGUCGUCAUGCAGCUGGCCGCCGCCGAGGGCGAGGAGACUGUCAUCACCGUCAACUGCCCCGACCAGGCUGGCCUCGGCUGCGACCUCUGCCGCACCAUCCUCGAGUUCGGCCUCCGCAUCACCCGCGGCGACGUGUCUACGGACGGACACUGGUGCUUCGUGGUGUUCUGGGUGGUGCCCCGCUCCUCGUCCAUCAAAAUCCGGUGGGCGAGCCUCAAGAACCGGCUCAUGUCAAUGUGCCCUUCCUCCUACUCCAUCCCGUUCUACCCGGACAUCAGCCAGCCAGGUCCCUCGCAGUACUACCUCCUGAAGCUCUUGUCGCCAGACCGCAAAGGGUUGCUGCAUGAUGUGACGCACAUACUAUCAGAUUUAGAGCUUAUAAUCCACAGAGUGAAGGUGUGUACCACACCGGAUGGAAGAGUUGUGGACCUCUUCUUUAUCACCGACGGCAUGGAACUGCUGCACAAAAAGGAAAGGCAAGAGGAGACUUGCUCGACGUUAAUUGCUACCCUGGGUCCUUCCAUAAGCUGUGAGGUUCUGUCAGCAGAAGGGUUCCAGCAGGGAUUCUCUUCUCUUCCACCGAAAAUUGCUGAGGAACUCUUCAGGGUGGAACUAGCUGACAGCGAGAUCUGCUCGAGUUCGCUUAGCGUGGAGUUGAAGAAGGUUCAGACGGCCACUAUUAACUUUGACAAUUCCCUGAGCCCUGCACACACGCUAGUUCAAAUUAUCUGUGCUGAUCAGAAGGGGCUCAUUUACGACAUAUUGAGGACGAUGAAGGACUGCAACAUUCAGAUAUUUUACGGGCGGUUCAGAUCAGACAAGAAAGGGUCAGUCAGUAAAGGUUGUCGAGAGGUUGACCUUUUUGUUAAACAAGUAGAUGGCAAAAAGGUUAUGGAUCCUGAGAAACAGGAUGCUCUGCGGUCGCGCCUGAGAUCUGAGAUGCUCCAUCCUCUUAGGGUUAUGAUUGUCAGUCGUGGACCUGAUACAGAACUCCUUGUUGCCAACCCAGUUGAGCUCUCUGGGAAGGGACGGCCACGCGUAUUCUACGAUGCUACUCUUGCUUUGAAAGCACUUGGGAUCUGCAUCUUCUCUGCUGAAAUUGGGAGACAAGCAGCAUCCGAGCGCCAAUGGGAGGUCUACAGGUUCCUCCUGGAUGACAGCAAAGAGUUCCCCUUGGCAAACAGCCUCACUAACAGGAACCGUGUUGUCGAUAGGGUAAGGAAGACACUGAUGGGAUGUUACAACUAAGACUCGGUGUCCAUCUGUCUGCGAGAAUCCAAAGCUUGAAGGUGACUGACACAGUCAGCUCCAUCGAAUGUACCCUGUAAAUUAUGUAUCCCCAAAUUAUGGCCACUCCAGAAUUUCGAAAUACAGUUGGCGAUCUCAAUGAUAAUCUCUUGCUGGCCAAACUGGUAUGUCUAGAUUCUGUUGUCGCUGCCCACAGAUGCCUGCUCCGUCAAGGUAAAUAAAUGGCGAUAGAAAGUGCGUGCAAGCUUCAUCUCGCACCUUGGGAUUUCAGAGCUAGCCACAAUCUAUAACAAAGCAGUGCAAGAUUUUCCACAAAUGAUACUUCCUGGAGUGUGCAUGGCCACGGGGAUGGUUGAAAUCAGAGUUUGCAGCACAGACUGGAAUGAAUCUUCCUACCAUGGAUCCGUUGUCUGCAUGUUGAGAAAGGGGAGAGAAAAAAGAGCAUGUUUGGUGGGAGGUGCAAAUCGCGGGAGCAAUGAUUGAGCUUUUGUUUGGUUCAGGGGGAUGGAUUACUGGAUGCUGACACAGAUACAUGAACGAGCCUUUCUGUUGUAACUUAUUUUAGUGCAAAAUGAUGUUGUCUUCUCCCACAUCUGCUUCACCAGUCACCACCUCCUUGCUUGUUGUUUUCCUGCCUCCUUCCUACCUUCCCUGUAUGAUUGCCCCGCUAGUAGUACUUUCUCUCAAAUAGAAAAGAGUAAUGUGAGGCUUUGUCCCCUGUCUCCUCGUGUAAGCACAAUUUGUACUUGUCUGUAAGGAUGCAUAUUUGUAUGUACUCCAUCUGUUUAACUAUUACUACGAAAGAGUACAAUUGUUUGUGCA